GUUACUCAAGAACAUUUAAUGAAACCAGCAGGACACAGGCUGCCGGGCUCCAGAGCCUGUCCUAUAGAGGGGGAGGGAGGUGCCAGCUCGUCGUGUAACUCCUCCGUGCAGCUAUACCAUCCAUAAAUCGUUAAUGAACCGCCAUGAAACAAAUAGUAAUUGAGCUGCAGCCUCUGUAGCUUAUCACAACAGGGCCUGGGUGCGGUUUACACAUCGCUCCAGCCGCGCCUUUUCCUGUCCAAGCGGAACGCCUGCGUGAGGCGGCGGGUCAGCUGACAGCCACAGAGCACCGGGAGGAAGCAGCGGAAUCAGCGGCUGUGCGAACUGGGAGCUGCACUGCCAGAGCCCGUCACUGAGGCUGUGUCCGAGGCCGACGAGGGGGGUGAAAACCGGUGGCGCUAGCGUGAGAAGUCGGGCUGGGUUUUGGUUUCACCAUGGCCUGUUGGGACUGAGAAGCAGCCACAAUGAUUGGAGGAUUGUUCAUAUACAACCACAAGGGGGAGGUCCUCAUCUCCCGGGUCUACCGAGAUGACAUAGGGCGUAACGCUGUGGACGCAUUCCGUGUGAACGUGAUUCACGCCCGGCAGCAGGUCCGAUCCCCGGUGACCAACAUCGCCCGCACCAGCUUCUUCCAUGUCAAGCGCUCCAACAUCUGGUUGGCGGCUGUCACGAAGCAGAAUGUCAACGCUGCCAUGGUGUUCGAGUUCCUUUAUAAGAUGUGCGAUGUCAUGACGGCCUAUUUUGGCAAGAUCAGCGAAGAGAACAUCAAGAACAACUUUGUGCUCAUCUACGAGCUGCUGGAUGAGAUCCUGGACUUUGGCUACCCCCAGAACUCAGAGACUGGAGCUCUGAAGACCUUCAUAACCCAGCAGGGCAUUAAGGGACAGCACCAGACAAAAGAGGAGCAGUCUCAGAUCACCAGCCAGGUGACGGGGCAGAUCGGCUGGCGUCGCGAGGGCAUCAAGUAUCGCCGCAAUGAACUUUUCCUGGACGUACUGGAGAGCGUCAACCUGCUGAUGUCGCCACAAGGCCAGGUCCUCAGCGCUCACGUGUCGGGCCGAGUAGUGAUGAAGAGCUACCUGAGUGGAAUGCCUGAGUGUAAAUUUGGCAUGAACGACAAGAUCGUCAUUGACAAACAGGGAAAGGGAGGAGCAUCGGAUGACGCAGGGAAGAGCAGUGGGAAGCAGUCCAUAGCCAUCGACGACUGCACUUUCCACCAGUGUGUGCGGCUCAGUAAGUUUGACUCGGAGCGGAGCAUCAGCUUCAUCCCCCCCGAUGGAGAAUAUGAGCUCAUGAGGUAUCGCACCACUAAGGACAUCAUCCUGCCGUUCAGGGUCAUCCCUCUGGUGCGGGAGGUGGGCCGCACUAAACUGGAGGUUAAGGUGGUCAUCAAGUCCAACUUCAAACCCUCGCUGCUGGCUCAGAAGAUCGAGGUGCGUAUCCCAACACCCCUCAACACCAGCGGAGUGCAGGUGAUCUGUAUGAAGGGAAAAGCCAAGUACAAGGCCAGUGAGAACGCCAUCGUGUGGAAGAUCAAACGCAUGGCCGGGAUGAAAGAGUCUCAGAUCAGCGCAGAGAUCGAGCUGCUGCCCACCAACGAUAAGAAGAAAUGGGCCAGGCCUCCCAUCUCUAUGAACUUUGAGGUUCCUUUCGCUCCGUCUGGUCUCAAGGUUCGCUACUUGAAGGUGUUUGAGUCCAAGCUCAACUACAGUGACCACGACGUCAUCAAAUGGGUGCGGUACAUCGGCCGCUCCGGCAUCUACGAAACGCGCUGCUGAAGUCGACCCCUGCCGUGCAGCGAGCUGACCACUUCCCCGCCCCCCCCAUCCUGUCCUGUUAAAAGAUUUUUUUUCUUCUUCCUCUUCCUACUUUGUCUCUUCUCUUCCUUCCCCCUCAAACUCCUUAUAGCUUCUCUCAUCCCUCCCACCUCCCUCGCCCCUUCUAACUAGGUGUCGGAGAUUGAAUUUACAUCAUAAAAAAAAAAAAAAAUGGUAUAAUGCAGAGAUAUAUGCAAAAUGUGAACCAUUGUAUCGUAUAUAUCUUGUAGUGAUGAGUAAACCUGUACACCAACUGGUGUCCGAAAGGAAAAGACAAGUGAGGCAGGGGGGGACCAGGGGGAGGGGUCUGGGGGCACCGCUUGGUGUCUGUCAGGGUUGCUCUGUUGUGUUAAUUCAGUGUUAUUGUUCGACCAUCCACUUCCUUUAGAAGUCCCACGUGUCGUAGAGUUAUCCCCGCUAUGAUGAUGUCUAGCUGUUGUGGUUUACCAUGAAUCCCGAUCUAGUCCCUGUACAUGAGCUUCUGUCUCAGUAGAGUCAACCCUCCGAAUCGAGCUGUGUCGUCUGAUCCUUGUGCUGCACACUGACUGAUGUUUGAUCUGUGUUUAUUGGGAACUGUCACUCUGGAUCUCUUGUCGGUGGAAAGAGGAGGAUUUAAAAUGACUGAGCUCUUUAGGGUUUUUUUGUUCAUUUUUUUUUUUUUUUUUUAAAUGUAAUUUCUUUCCCGUUUCCACUAUAUCUUUUUCUUUUUUUUACCAGCAAGUAAAGUCAGAACAUAAAAGAACAUUCCAGACAGUUUAGAAGUUCGACCAUCUUCCUUGUUAGGACUCCAUUUCCUCCAUGUUUCUUAAGCACUAAAAUCAACUUUCGUCACACUAUCUUGAUUCAAAAAUCAGGCCCUGGAAGUAUGUGUGUGUGUGUUUGCAGUGAGGUGAGGUCUCCCCCUGGUGUUUGCCUCGUCACUAUCUGCUUCUUUGUGUGUGUAGCCCUGGUGACCGUUCUAUCCAAUAAAAUCUGACUAUGUAACCAAA